AUGGCUGCUACCCCUGAAGGUAGUGUUACCAACCAGGAUAUCCGGAAAUUCUUUGACGUUGUAACUCCUGGAAAGCGACAAGAAUGUGAGACAGUGAAAAAGAGUGCAAAAAUUAAAAAUGGUGACGGACCCUCAAGGGGGAAGAAAAGGGAAAAGGAGACUAAGGUGAAUAAUUCACCCAGUGAAGAUGAUGAUUCCAAACAAAAGCGGGCCAAAAAGAAAAAAAGAAUAAUCUACGAUUCAGAUUCAGAAGAGGAGGUGCAGUCAGUGAAAAAAUCCAAGAAGGAAUCUGAGAAAAAAGCAGCUACUUCAAAACGUGAUAAAGUUCUAAAGCAGGAUCCUGUUGUUUAUAUUUCAGAGACAGAUGAAGAAGAUGACUUUGUCAAUAAAAGAAUUUCUCUGAAGCCAAAAGAGAAUGGGACAUCAGCAAUCAAUUGUCCAGGAACAGCUACAGUGAAAAAGGAAGAUGUAAAACCACGAGCUAAAAGCAAACCAUUAUCUCCAGUGAAACAGACUCCCACCUCAGCACUUGAUUACUUUGGGACAAGUAGUGUCCAGCGAUCAGAAAAGAAACUAGUAGCAAGUAAAAGGAACGAACCUUCGCAAAGCAGAGACAGUACACUAAAUGAUGAGGCCAUUGCUAGGCAACUGCAGCUUGAAGAAGACUCAGAGCUGGAGAGACAGCUGCAUGAAGAUGAAGAAUUUGCUAGAACUUUGGCCAUGUUGGAUGAAACACCACAGAAGAAAAAGGCUCGUAAAGAUUCAGGAGGAGGACAAACAGUAUUGAGCAUCAAGAGCAGUCCUAAUGUGACAGAAAAAUAUAAGCAAUUGGACAGAGUGAAAGCAACAACCUCGACGGGUGAAGCAGAAAAUUGUGCUGUGAAGCAGCAGACUAAAUCCGAACAUUCAAAAGGCUCUCGUUUUGCCUCACAGUCAUCUGAUGGUGGAAUAGCAAGAGAGUUGACAGAUAAGACCUUGACUUUGAAACCUAGCUCUAGGCUUGCGUCUCUGAAACAAAAAGAAGAGAUUGCUGAAAAGGAAAGAGGUGCUCGAAGUUUAAUAACAAAAGAAAAAACUGCUUCAAGGAAAGAAGAGAAGACAACACCAAAGAAGGAGAAAAUUUCUCCCAAGAAGGCUGAGUCUGUAAGUCCUGAGGACUCUGAAAAGAAGCGAAUCAAUUACCAAGCCUACCGAAGCUUCCUUAAUCGCGAGGGCCCAAGAGCGCUGGGCUCCAAAGAGAUACCGCAGGGAGCUGAAAACUGCUUGGAAGGCCUGACGUUCGUAAUUACAGGUGUUCUGGAGUGUAUUGAGAGAGAUGAGGCCAAGUCUCUGAUUGAACGUUAUGGAGGAAAAGUCACUGGCAAUGUCAGCAAGAAGACAAACUAUCUGGUUAUGGGGCGAGACUGUGGCCAAUCUAAAUGCGAAAAGGCAUCAACUUUAGGGACAAAAAUUGUUGAUGAGGACGGCCUGUUUGAUCUCAUUCGAACUAUGCCAGGCAAGAAGUCCAAAUAUGAGCUGGCGGCUGAAACAGAGGCAAAGAAAGCGGAGUCAAGACCUAAAAAGACACCACAGAAAGCUAAAGCUGGAAAGAGGAAUUUUAGCCCCAUCAAAGGGGAAACUGGUAAUAAAAAAUACAAAUCUACUCCUGAAAAAGGAGAUACCGUCAAAUCUGCCAGGAAAGAAACCACUGCUGUGCGAAAACUUACGGACUUUAAAAGGCAGACUGAAGAGAAGAAAGAAGCCCCCUGUCUGAAGGGGAACUUGGGUUCUGAGAUUAAUGAAGGUGGGACAGAGAGAUUGCUAUGGGUGGAUAAAUACAAGCCUGUAUCUCUUAAGGCACUAAUUGGACAGCAGGGUGAGCAAAGCUGUGCAAAUAAACUGCUCCGAUGGCUCAGAAACUGGCACAAGAAUACCUCGGAAGAUGAACAAGCAAAGAACAGUAAAACUGGAGGCAAAGAUGAUGGUAGUAGUUUUAAAGCAGCAUUACUUUCUGGUCCACCUGGUGUUGGUAAAACUACUACAGCUUCUUUGGUUUGUAAGGAACUGGGGUAUAGCUAUGUGGAACUGAAUGCCAGUGACACUCGCAGUAAGAACAGUCUGAAGGAAGUAGUUGCUGAAACACUUAACAACACCAGCAUCAAAGACUUCUGUUCUGGCACAUCCUCAUCAGUUAGCGGGAAACAUGUAUUGAUCAUGGAUGAAGUGGAUGGUAUGGCAGGCAAUGAAGACAGAGGAGGGAUUCAGGAGUUGAUCGGUUUGAUUAGACACACAAAGGUCCCCAUCAUCUGUAUGUGUAAUGAUCGCAACCAUCCUAAAAUUCGUUCCUUGGUCCACUACUGUUUCGAUCUUCGUUUUCAGAGACCUCGUCUAGAACAGAUAAAGGGUGCCAUGAUGUCUAUAGCAUUUAAAGAAGGUUUAAAAAUUCCACCACCUGCUAUGCAAGAGAUAAUCCUGGCAGCAAAUCAGGACAUCAGACAGGUUUUACAUAAUCUUAAUAUGUGGUGUGCAAAAGAUAAAUCAUUGACUUACGAUGAGGCUAAAACUGAUGCCAGCAGAGCCAAGAAGGAUAUCAAACUGGGCCCCUUUGAUGUGGUCCGGAAGGUUUUUGCUGCUGGAGGUGAGGCUUCUCGUAUGUCUCUCAUAGACAAAUUGGAUCUUUUCUUCCAUGAUUAUUCCCUAGCACCUCUCUUUGUCCAGGAGAAUUAUGUACACAUGAGACCGGCUGCUGCUGGAGGAGAUCUGAAAAAGCACUUGGUGCUCUUGAGCAGAGCAGCUGAUAGUAUCUGUGAUGGUGAUAUAGUGGACAGGCAGAUUCGUAGCAAGCAAAACUGGAAUCUUCUUCCAACACAGGCUAUUUAUGCCAGUGUUCUCCCAGGAGAGCUGAUGAGAGGUUCCAUGUCCCAGUUUCCUGUCUUUCCCAGCUGGUUGGGGAAAUUUUCAUCCACGGGUAAACAUGAUCGUAUUAUUCAAGAACUGGGAAUGCACAUGAGUCUCAGAACCCAGACGGGCAAGAGGACAGUAAAUAUGGAGUAUUUGUCGUAUUUGCGGGAUGCGCUUGUCCAGCCCUUGAAAGACUUUGGAGCUGAUGGUGUACAGCAAGCUAUAACCUUCAUGGACUCUUACUGCUUGAUGAAAGAAGAUAUUGAAAAUAUCAUGGAAAUAAGCAUGUGGGGAGGCAAACCCAGUCCCUUCUCAAAGCUGGAUCCCAAGGUCAAAGCAGCUUUUACACGUGCUUACAACAGAGAGGUACAUCUGACACCAUAUUCACUUAGUUCUGUCAAGAUAUCUAGAAGGCAGUCAGGAUCCAUGUCCACCUUAGAAAUGAAUGAAGACUUGAACAUGGAAGAGAUCCAGUCUGAUGAGGAUGAGCAAGAUACUGUUGACAGUGACACAAUGAUUAAGCAAAAGAAGGUGAAGUCUUCUUCCAAGCUGUCAAAAAGAGAGAAAAAUGAAGAAACAACAAAAAAAGAAGGGAAAAGAAAAGAGAAAACAAGACAUUAA